AUGGCAACUUCCAUAGCCUCUCAAUUAGAAGCUAUCAGAUCCAUUGCACAUGUGGAUUCCGCGCCUCUCAGAAGACCUUUCACUCGUCCUUCUAUCUUGUUCGAUCCUAAAGAAGCUGCUGAUAUUAGUAUUGAAUCCAUUUUCACUAUCGCUCUUCAAGGUUUGGAGGUUCUUAUUAGCAAAGAUGAACGGUUUAGGAAUUAUAAGAAUGAUUUGUUUAGCCACCGAAGUAAAGAGGUGGAUAGAGAGUUAAUGGGAAUAGAACAGAAUAAUCAACUUAAUGUGUUAAUUAAUUCGUAUUUAAAACUUGUUUCUGGAUUUUUUAUGCUUCCGUCUGCACUUCAAACGCUCGAGUAUUUGAUACGGAGACACAAGAUUAAUGUGUACAACAAUGAGGAUUUGAUAUUGUGCGCAUUGCCGUACCACGACACGCAUGCAUUUGUUCGAGUAGUACAGAUACUUGAUAUAAGGAAUGGUACAUGGGGGUUUCUGGAGGGUGUGAAAGUCUCUGGUGCACCGCCACCAAGAAUGGUUAUAGUGCAGCAAUGCCUUCGUGAUAAGGGUGUAUUGGAAGUUCUAUGCAACUACGCAUCUCCAUCUAAAAAGUUACAACCUUCAAAGAAUGUAAUUGGCUUUUGUACUGCUGUUUUCAUUGAACUUUUGGGGACUGUCCUGACGGUUGAUGAUGAUAUUGUCAAGAGAAUACUUCCUUUUGUGGUCUCUGGUCUUCAGUCAGGCAUUAAGGGGUUUUCAGAUCACAAGGCCAGUUCAUUGAUGAUAGUUGGCUUGCUUGGAAAUAAAGCUGCAUUGGCUCCUAAACUUUUGAAUAGUUUGAUACGUUCAGUUGCCGAGGUUGCUCGGGAGGAGGCUAAAGAGUUGACUGAUCUUCAUUGGUUUCGGUUGUCCCUUAUUGCCUUAAUCAAUCUUGUCCAGUCCCAAAAUGUUGAAAUACUUCCAAUAAAGGCCUUGGAGGUUUUAAAGGAACUAAGGGAUUUGCCAGGGGUUUUAUUGGAAUUGUCUAAGGAGUUCAACAUUGAAACGUUUCUUGUUGUUUUAUUGGACUCCCUAAUUGACUGCAGUUCUAAAGAUGAAUAUUACCAGCAGGCUUUGCUGUCCUUGAUAGAAAAGGUCCCCAUAAAUGAUUCUGUUCAUCACAUGGUCACUAAAAUCCUAUCAACUUGUGUGAAACUAUCGCAAAAAGUUGAUGACUCAAUUUCUUUGAUGUCAGCUGGAUGGGCAAAAAAGAUUCUGAUAAUUGUUAAUACAAAGUAUCCGUCUGAACUCCGUGGAGCAGUUAAUCAUUUCCUUCAGAAUAACAAAUCACAUUCAAAGAAAGAUGAUUCACUGUAUAAGAUUUUAUGUAAGAUGUUGGAUGGUAAUUUGGAUUCAUCAUCUGAUGUCUCAGAGUCUAAAGUUUGGUUUGCCUUGUAUCAUCCAAAGGCUGAUGUUAGACGAACUACACUGCGUGAUAUAAAUUCUUCUGGUAUCUUGAAAAACGAGGCAUUUGUUUCAGAGGGUCUUGUUGACAUUCAAGAGGCCAUUUUGAGACAACUUGAUGAUAAAGAUCUAACAGUUGUUCAAGCAGCUUUAAAUGUUGAUGGCUUGCAAAAUGUAUUAGGUGCUUCUAAGCUUAUUGAGACACUGCAAACUGUGCUAAGAAGAUGUGUUGGCAAGCUGCUGUCUGGUUCAACCGAUAAUGUUAGUCUAACUGGAGAAGUUGCUGUCACCUGUUUAAAGAAAGCCAUAUCAUAUUUCCAUGAUAAUUCUGAUUAUUUGAAAAACAUUGCUGCCAUGAUUUUUCCAUUACUUCUUGCUAUGCCACAGACACAGAGCUUGAAUUUAAAAGCUCUUGUACUAGUCAACAAAUUUAACUGGCCACUUUAUCAGAAUGUUGCUGUGUCUUGCUCUGAAGAAACGACUCCGGUACUUGGAAGUUAUUCUUCUAUUAGCUUGAAGGUUAUCAAUAACUUGGCUAGCAAUUUCAUCGUCAACCCUGAGGAUAAUAUUGCCUGGUUUGUUGAAAGCUGCAAUGAUUCAGAAUUGUCAAAGACACUCUUCUUUUUUGUUCUAUUGCAGUCUCUUCUGCUGAUAGAACCAGAAGGUGAUGGCUUUUCUGCACUGUUUAAAAGCGUGUUUCCUAUUCUGAAGGCUGAGUUGGAAUCUUUAGUGAAUGGUGGUGAUGUUCUUUUGGAUGAGUUCAAUUCUGAAAUGUUAGAAUGGGACUGUAGUUCUUUCUUUAUUCAUCUUUCGUAUGGCAACCUCAGACCUUUAAAUGCAAAAGUUAUGGUUUGCAUAUUUUGGAGGCUGAGAUCAGCACUAAUGUCAGCAGAAUCUUCAGGCAAUCAGCUGGAUGAUAGCAAGAUAAAGGAUCUGUUUGUAUUUUUUGCUUCCUCAAAGUUCAAACAUGCAUUCCAUAAACACCUCCAUUUCUUAGCUGAACAGUGCAGUGUAUCACCUGCCCGCCUAUUAUCUAAGUUUUUCACAGAUGAAGGUGUUCCUGCUGCAGUUCAGGUUGAAAGUCUUCAGUGCUAUGCAUCUCUAUGUAGUCUGUCACAAGAUAAAUGGCAAACUGAACUUUUGGCCAAAUUUCCUUCUAUUCUUGUUCCAUUGGCUGGUGAUGAUCAGACUGUAAGGGUUGCUUCCAUGAAAUGUAUCGAUGAGUUGCGUGCCUUGUGGUGUCGCAUUGAACGUUCUGGCAAGAAAAACGGGAACAACGCUACAUGGUUCCAUUUUCUGGGUGAGCUUCUAUUGCUGUUGGUUCAGCAAAAAACACUUAUAUUGUCCGAUAAGAAGUUUCUUCCAUCGUUGUUCGCAUCCACACUGGGUUCAUCCUGUCAUAAUAUCUUAGUACCUCAAAACAUGGAAAACAGGUUUGACCAGCCCACAAAAGAAAGAAUACUCGAGUUCAUUUUGGGUUCUGCUCUGAAAUUCUCCAACUACGGGAAGCUAAUGAUUCUCUCCUUGCUCAAGGGAGUUGGGUAUGCUAUUAUGCAUCCUAAUAUUGCACCCGUGUUGUCUCGUUUUAUGGAGCAAUACUAUGAUGACCGCAGCAAAUCUAGCCAGAAAAUUUCAAACACCAGAACUCAGAUAAUGUGCCUUUUGUUGGAGAGCUGUGUUAUGUCAUCUCCCUCCGGUGGAGUUGAUCUUCAAGAUCCUUUACUGAAAACAUUGCAGUUGGAUGACAUGACUUCAGAUGACCCUGCCUAUAUAGAGCCUUGUAUCUCUGUCUUGAACAAACUUAAUAGUCAAUUCUACACGGGGUUGCAGAAUAAAGUGAAGGAGGAUUUAUUUUGUGCACUUGUUUUUUUGUGCCGUAGUGCUAACGGUGAUGUACAAAGUGCAACUAAAGAGGCUUUAAUGCGAAUAGAUAUAAAUUUCUUAACUGUUUGCCACAUACUCGAUCUCAUACUUGCACCAAAAUGUGGCACAGUUAGGUCAGCAGAUGAAAAGACAAAAAAGAGACAGAAAUUUACUACAAAUCAAGAAGCAGAACUUCCCACUAAUGACAUGUGCAGAAUAGGUGAUCCAGUCUACCUUCUUAGUUCCCUUCUUGACGUUUUGUUACUGAAGAAAGACAUAUUAAACAGGCAUUUUCUUUUAGACCCCUUAUUUAAACUUCUUAGCAAGACUCUAUUGAUUAUCCUGGAGGAUAUAAUCAUGUCUCUUGAAAGCGUAGCUGCGCUAAAUGAAAGAAUGACGGAUGAGAUUAACAUUAAGCUACUGAUAGAGUGUGCCCGGACUACCAAUGUUUUAGUCACCCGCAACCAUAUAUUUACUCUGCUUUCUGCUGUUAUUAAAGUCUUGCCAGAAAAAGUCUUCGGGCAUAUACUUGAUAUUCUUCCGGUUAUUGGUGAAUCAGCUGUUACACAGAUUGACAGUCAUUCGAAGCAUGUUUUUGAGGAUCUUAUAUCUGCAAUCGUUCCUUGUUGGCUGUCUAAGACAGAUGAUGUGGAGAAAUUACUGAAGGUUUUCAUAGAUAUAUUUCCUGAAAUAGUUGAGCACAGAAGGCUAUCCAUUGUUUUACAUCUCCUACGAACUUUGGGUGAGGGUAAAAGCUUGGCUUCAUUGCUUAUCUUAUUGUUCUCUUCACUGGUUUCAAGGAAAGCCAGCCAUUUCCUAAAUAUUCAGACGCCAGAUGCUUUAACAUUUUGUACUAAAGAGUGGGAAUAUAAAUUAGCAGUGCAGAUUUGUGAGCAGUUUACAAGUAUGACUUGGCUUCCAUCGUUAGUUAUUAUCCUUGAACAGAGAGGAAAUAUAAAUGUUGAUCGGUCAAUGUUUCUGGAGUUGUUUCUGGCAAUGCAAUUUUCUUUGCAAAAAUUGCAAGAUCCUGAAUUGCUGUUCAAACUAGAAUCAGGGGAAGACACGGUUGUCAUUCAGACAGCACUUGGAGGGCUUAUGGAACAUGUUGUUUUCCUCUUGCAUCUUGUAGAUGCACGAAAAAAGCAACUGAAUUUCCCAGUCAUUAUGAGGAAAGAGUUGAAGGAAACUAUGCGUGCUCUUGUGAGGAAUAUAACAAUGGUCAUGAUACCUUCGGUGUAUUUUAAGAGCAUAACUAAGUUGCUCCACCAUUCAGAUAAAAAUGUUGGAAAAAAGGCUCUUGGGCUGUUAUGUGAUGCUGCAAGAAAUCACGAAAAAGUCAGCUUAGCUCCUAAAGACAACAAAGGUUCAAGGUCAAGUUCAAGUUUUCCUUGGCUUCUUCAUAUGGAUGAAAGUUCUCAAGAGUCACUCGAUAAAAUGUGUUUAGAAAUUCUUCAAGUACUUGAUGAUUCAUCAAAUAACUCUUUGAAAGUAGCAGCAGUUUCAGCGUUGGAAGUUCUUGCAGAAAGCUGCCUUAGAACAUCUGCUGCGUUGAUCAAUAUUCUUGGUCCAAAAGCAUUGGCUGAACUUCCUCAAAUUAUGGACAAUGUGAUGAAGUCCUCUCGUAUUGUGCUGUCUAGUCAGGAUUUGAAACCAAAAACCAAUGAUGUUUUAUCAGUCUCAAAUGAACCCCAUUUUAUUUCUGUUCUUGUUACUUUGGAGGCAGUUGUGGACAAGCUUGGUGGAUUCCUCAAUCCAUAUCUCACAAAUAUCAUGGAGCUUCUGGUGCUUCAUCCCGAAUAUGUCUCAGGAAUGUAUCCCAAAGUGGAAUCCCGAGCUCAUGGAUUACGAAAGCUUCUUGCUGCAAAAAUUCCAGUACGGCUUGCCUUGCCGCCGUUGUUAAAACUAUAUCCUGCUGCCGUUGAAGCUGGGGAUAAAAGCUUAACAGUUGUGUUUGAUAUGUUGGCAACAUUUAUUGGUACAAUGGACAGAUCAUCUAUCCUGGCAUUCCAUGGAAAGAUUUUUGACUUUUGCUUGGUUGCUCUUGAUCUUCGCCGUCAAAGUCCUCGUUCAGUUCAAAACAUUGAUUUAGUGGAGAAAGGUGUGAUGAGUGCUAUACUUGCGCUGACCCUAAAACUUACCGAGAGCAUGUUCAAGCCUCUUUUUGUGAAGAGUAUUGAAUGGGCAGAAUCUAUAGUGGAUGAAUCUGCAUCGGCAGGAAGCAUGGAUAGGGCCAUAUCUUUUUAUGGCAUGGUAAAUAAGCUUGCUGAGAACCAUCGGUCAUUGUUUGUUCCUUACUUCAAAUACCUACUUGGUAGCUGUGUUCAUCAUCUUGGCGACGGCGGAGACUCUAACGUGUCUAGUCUGGGUCGGAAGAAAAAGAAGGCUAAAAUUUUGGAUGAUGGUGAUGUAAAAGAAACAAGUAGCUUAUCUAUCAAGGGAUGGCAUCUCAGGACACUAGUCCUGUCAUCCUUACACAAGUGUUUCCUCUAUGACACUGGAAACUUGAAGUUUCUUGAGUCCUCAAAUUUCCAGAUGUUGUUAAAACCUAUUGUCUCUCAACUUGUACUAGAUCCACCUGCAUCGCUAGAUGACAAAAGCUUGAGUAUACCUAGUGUGAAGGAAUUUGAUGACCUACUUGUUGUGUGCAUCGGCCAAAUGGCAAUCACAGCUGGUUCUGAUCUUUUGUGGAAACCUCUGAACCACGAGGUUUUGAUGCAGACACGUAGCGAGAAGACACGAACUAGAAUAUUGGGUCUGAGAAUUAUUAAACAUUUUGUAGAUAACUUGAAAGAAGAAUAUUUAGUAUUAUUAGCAGAAACAAUCCCCUUCCUCGGUGAACUUCUUGAGGAUGUGGAGCUUUCAGUUAAAUCUCUUGCUCAAGAAAUUCUACAGGAAAUGGAGUCUAUGAGUGGGGAGAGCCUUCGGCAAUACUUAUGA